AUGUUUGAAUUACGCACACUGUCAGCUGACGAUUGGGAGGCAUGGAGAGCUGUGCGCCUGGCAGCUCUUGCAAAUGCGCCUGAUGCCUUUGGCUCUACAUUCAACGAUUGGGUCGACGCAUCAGAGGAUCGAUGGCGUAACAGACUGUCAAUACCAAACGCAAUUGAUCUCGUAGCACACGAGGUUGAUGAGAGCGGCGGCGAGCGCGCGGUCGGAAUGGCAACUGGGGUCCCGACGGAGCACGGAUGGGCUGAGAUUAUCUCGAUGUGGGUAGACCCUGGGUUUCGAGGCAGAGGACUCGCCUCUUCUCUUAUUGGAAAAAUUGCGAGCUGGGCGGUUCGGUCCGGAUUCAGCGAGCUUCGACUUGCAGUGCGACCGGACAAUGCCGCUGCACGAUUGGUGUACCUACGCAACAGCUUCAUUGUAUCUGACGAGCCCGGCGAUGAGACUCCUGAUGGCAGGCGGGAAAUUAUUAUGUUUCGCAACUUCAAAAAUAACCCGGCUUCCGACUCCCCAACAACGCCCAUCGAUCCUUAG